AAGAUCCCAACCUUGUCCAACACGGUUAGUCUUUUUGAUUCCGUCAUCAGAUACUGAACGAGAGCGAAAUGAAGAUUAAAAAUUCUGACAAUACAAUUUCUAUGAUAGACCCUUCUCUGCUGCUGCGGCCAGAGAAGGUUUACGAUGGCAAGCCCUUGGAAGCCUUCCGCGACUACUCCGUGGAUGACAAGGACCCUAUCAAGGAACGCGUCUGCAAGACUUACUACGACAUGCACACUAACAUGACUGUUGACUUCGUUAAAGGCAAAAUGGAUAAAUGGCUAAAAUUUAACCAUUUCAAAUCGACGGUAAAGGAUGCUCUCAUCAAACUGAACGAGCUGGUGGAUGAAUCAGACCCUGACACCGACCUCCCCAACAUCGUACACGCCUUUCAGACUGCUGAGAGGAUCAGACAGGACUACCCUGAUGACGACUGGUUCCAACUUAUUGGACUGAUACAUGAUCUUGGAAAGGUGAUGGCGUUCUAUGGCGAGCCGCAGUGGUGCGUGGUGGGGGACACCUUCCCCGUGGGUUGUCAAUGGGGAAAGAGCAUUGUGUACGGAGAUGACAGCUUCAAAGCCAAUCCAGAUACAUACAACGACGAUUACAAUACUCUGUAUGGAAUGUAUAAGCCAAAAUGUGGUAUCGAAAACUUGAUGAUGUCCUGGGGACACGAUGAGUAUCUGUACCGAGUUCUGAAACACAACAACGCGAAGUUCCCAGAAGAAGGUUUAUGGAUGAUCAGAUAUCAUUCGUUUUACCCGUGGCACGCCGGCGGUGAUUACAAACAAUUCACAACAGAAAGGGACGAAAAAAUUAAAGCAGCCGUUCUUAAGUUUAACCAAUAUGAUUUAUACACGAAGAGCGCAGCCAUACCCGAUAUCGAAGCCUUGUGGCCUUACUACGAGAACCUCAUUGCAAAAUACAUCCCAGGAACGCUUCAGUGGUGAAUUAUAUAAUUAGUGCCAACAAGAACUGACUUUAGAAUUUGAUAUCUAAACUACAAAACUAAAUAUUUAUAUUUUAACUGUGUUUAUAAAAUAAGUAAUUUUAAUAUAU